CCCUAACAUUUUUAGGUUAAAUUUGACAGCUGUCAAAUGUGCCAUAAAAAAUGGCUGAUGAAUGUAUAUUUGAAUUUUUACAUUCCGAAAUUGUAAAUUUUGUUGUAAAUAAAGAUGAAAAUGAUAAAAAAGAUGGUGAUUUAUCGAAAUUAGAAUAUAUGGGUUUUUCAAUGGGAUUUCGAUUAAUUGAAAGAUUAGUGAGGGAACGACGUCGAUUUGAAGAAGAAUUGGAUGUUAUAAAAUUUAUUUGCACUGAUUUUUGGUCGUCAAUUUAUAAAAAACAAAUGGAUACGUUGCGAACAAAUUAUUGUGGGGUUUAUAUUUUACAUGAUAAUUCAUUCCGAUUCUUAAAUAAAAUGUCCACUGGUAAACAGUAUUUAGAAAUGGCACCAAAGUAUGUUGCAUUUACUUGUGGAAUAAUUCGUGGUGUUCUAGCAAAUUUAGGUUAUUCUAGUAUUGUUACGGCUGGAGUUGAAACAAUGCCUUCAUGUAAAUUUCAUAUUCAAAUUCACAGAUCAUAAAUUUUAUUUAAAAAUUG